AGGAGGCAGCCAGAGAGCCCCGAUGCUUAUUCAGGCUGGGGAGCGGAGCCGAGUGGAGGGGCGAGCGAGGCUCCGGCAGCGCAGGGGAGCCCGGGGAGGCGGCGGCGAACGGCGGAGCCAGUGGCCGGACAUGCCCCGGACUCGGGGCCGCUGCACCACCGCCGCUGCCCGGAGCCAGCCGGCCGGACGCCCGCACGCCUGGGUCCCCCGGCGCCGCGCCGCCCGGGGACUGCGACCCGGACCCUCGGCGUCCGACCAACAAUAAGCGCCCAGACAGCCCCCUUUCAGCCCCGCGCCCGCCGUCCCCGCGGGCCUCGGGAAAAGUGAAAGGAGGAGACGAAGGAAGGAAGGAAGGAAGGAAGGAAGGGAGGAGGAGCAGGAGCCGGAGCCGUGAGGUUCGGGGCUGAGACCCCAGCCCUGAGCCCCGGGCCGGGCGGGUGUGCGCGCUCUCCCGCCGCUGCCCGGCGUCCAAGACCAUGCUCCGCGGUUGGAAAGCAGGAACCCAGGCGCCCAGCGACCCCCGGAUACCCACUCCCGGGCCGGGCUGGUAUUGAGAUCAAGGCGUCCAGGAUCAAAAGAUCACCACCUGCCCGCCCUCCUCCGCACCUCCAACUGGCGAGCAGGAGGACCCCAAUCCACCCACCGACCCUGACCUGGUCAUGGCGUCCAACUCCGGCCUGGCGUGAGGACCCCCGACCCGCGCGAGUCCCUGCUCCAGUACCGAGUACCUGGCUGGGCCCUGGGCACGCACAGGGGCCGUAGCCCCACUGUGUGUGGGAACCAUGAGGAUCCUGGCUAACAAGACAAGGUUACCCCACCCUAGGAGGAGAGAAGCUCCAGGGAGCCCGCCGCUGUCCCCCCGCGGCCACUGCCCCCCUGCCCCAGCCAAGCCAAUGCACCCAGAAAAUAAGUUGACCAAUCAUGGCAAGACAGGGAAUGGCGGGGCCCAAUCCCAGCACCAGAAUGUGAACCAAGGACCCACCUGCAACCUGGGCUCGAAGGGCGUGGGGGCGGGGAACCAUGGGGCCAAGGCCAACCAGAUCUCACCUAGCAACUCAAGUCUGAAGAACCCCCAAGCAGGGGUGCCCCCUUUCAGCUCUCUCAAGGGCAAAGUGAAGAGGGAGCGGAGUGUGUCUGUGGACUCCGGAGAGCAGCGAGAGGCUGGGACACCGUCCCUGGAUUCGGAGGCCAAAGAAGUGGCACCCCGGAGUAAGCGGCGUUGUGUGCUGGAGCGGAAGCAGCCAUACAGUGGGGACGAAUGGUGCUCAGGACCGGACAGCGAGGAGGAUGACAAGCCCAUUGGGGCCACCCACAAUUGUAAUGUAGCAGACCCAGCCAUGGCGGCCCCACAGCUGGGUCCUGGCCAAGCCGCCCAACUGCCCCUCAGCGAGAGCAGCGCACCAGGCCCCCCGCAUGGGCCCCCGCCAGGCCUCCGGCCCGACGCCCCCGGGGGUGGAGGCGGGGGCGUCCCGGGAAAGCCUCCCUCACAGUUUGUGUAUGUCUUCACCACCCACCUGGCCAACACGGCUGCGGAGGCAGUGCUGCAGGGCCGGGCCGACUCCAUCCUCGCCUACCACCAGCAGAACGUGCCCCGUGCCAAGCUGGACCAGGCCCCCAAAGUGCCACCCACCCCAGAACCGCUACCCCUGAGCACACCAUCAACAGGCACCCCUCAGUCCCAGCCUCCUCCACUGCCGCCACCGCCACCCCCAGCCCCAGGCAGCGCCCCCCCUGCUCUGCCUUCUGAGGGGCCUCCUGAGGACACCAAUCAGGACCUGACACCCAACUCGGUGGGAGCUGCCAGCACGGGUGGUGGCACUGGGGGUACCCACCCUAAUACCCCUACAGCUUCCACCGCCAACAACCCGCUGCCUCCUGGAGGAGACCCCAGCAGUGCUCCCGGCCCUGCCCUGCUUGGGGAGGCCGCCACCGGCAAUGGGCAGCGGAGCCUGGUGGGCUCAGAGGGCCUGUCCAAGGAGCAGCUGGAGCAUCGGGAGCGUUCCCUCCAGACGCUUCGAGACAUUGAACGGCUGCUGCUCCGCAGCGGGGAGACUGAGCCCUUCCUCAAGGGGCCCACCGGAGGAGCAGGCGAGGGGGGACCCCCAGCACAAGCCCCUCCCACCCCCCAGCAGCCACCCACGGCCCCGGCCAGUGGGCUGAAGAAGUACGAGGAGCCCUUGCAGUCCAUGAUUUCGCAGACACAGAGCCUCGGGGGCCCUCCGCUGGAGCAUGAAGUGCCUGGACACCCCCCGGGUGGGGACAUGGGGCAGCAGAUGAACAUGAUGAUGCAGAGGCUGGGCCAGGACAGCUUGACACCUGAGCAGGUGGCUUGGCGCAAGCUGCAGGAAGAGUACUACGAGGAGAAACGGCGGAAGGAGGAGCAGAUCGGGCUGCAUGGGGGCCGCCCACUGCAGGACAUGAUGGGCAUGGGGGGCAUGAUGGUGAGGGGACCACCGCCUCCCUACCACAGCAAGCCUGGCGAUCAGUGGCCCCCCGGGAUGGGAGCCCAGCUGCGGGGGCCCAUGGAUGUCCAAGAUCCCAUGCAGCUCCGGGGUGGACCACCCUUCCCCGGUCCCCGUUUCCCAGGCAACCAAAUGCAACGGGUGCCUGGGUUUGGGGGCAUGCAGGGUAUGCCCAUGGAGGUGCCCAUGAAUGCCAUGCAGAGGCCUGUGAGGCCGGGUAUGGGCUGGACUGAAGACUUGCCCCCUAUGGGGGGGCCUGGCAAUUUUGCCCAGAACGCGGUGCCCUACCCAGGCGGGCAGGGUGAAGCCGAGCGAUUUAUGACCCCUCGGGUUCGUGAGGAGCUGCUGCGACACCAGCUGCUGGAGAAGCGGUCGAUGGGCAUGCAGCGCCCCCUGGGCAUGGCCGGCAGUGGCAUGGGGCAGGGCAUGGAGGUGGAACGGAUGAUGCAGGCGCACCGGCAGAUGGAUCCGGCCAUGUUCCCCGGGCAGAUAGCUGGCGGCGAGGGCCUGGCGGGCACUCCCAUGGGCAUGGAGUUUGGUGGAGGUCGGGGCCUCCUGAGUCCCCCCAUGGGGCAGUCUGGGCUGAGGGAGGUGGACCCACCCAUGGGGCCAGGCAACCUCAACAUGAACAUGAACGUGAACAUGAACAUGAACAUGAACCUGAACGUGCAGAUGACCCCACAGCAGCAGAUGCUGAUGUCGCAGAAGAUGCGGGGCCCCGGGGACAUGAUGGGGCCGCAGGGCCUCAGUCCCGAGGAGAUGGCCCGGGUGCGGGCCCAGAACAGCAGCGGCAUGAUGGGCGGCCCGCAGAAGAUGCUUAUGCCCUCGCAGUUUCCCAGCCAGGGCCAGCAGGGAUUCUCUGGGGGCCAGGGACCCUACCAAGCCAUGCCCCAGGAAAUGGGCAAUACUCAAGACAUGUUCAGCCCCGACCAGAGCUCAAUGCCCAUGGCAAACGUGGGUACCACCCGGCUCAGCCACAUGCCCCUGCCUCCUGCAUCCAAUCCUCCCGGCUCUGUGCAUUCAGCCCCAAACCGGGGGCUGGGCAGACGGCCUUCAGACCUCACCAUCAGUAUUAAUCAGAUGGGCUCACCGGGCAUGGGGCAUCUGAAGUCGCCCACCCUUAGCCAGGUACACUCACCCCUGGUCACCUCGCCCUCCGCCAACCUCAAGUCACCCCAGACUCCCUCACAGAUGGUGCCCUUGCCUUCGGCCAACCCACCAGGACCUCUCAAGUCACCCCAGGUCCUCAGCUCCUCUCUCAGCGUCCGUUCACCCACCGGCUCGCCCAGCAGGCUCAAGUCUCCCUCCAUGGCGGUGCCUUCUCCAGGCUGGGUCGCCUCGCCCAAGACAGCCAUGCCCAGCCCCGGAGUCCCCCAGAACAAGCAGCCGCCUCUGAACAUGAACUCUUCCAGCACCCUGGGCAACAUGGAGCAGAGUACCCUCCCGCCUAGCGGCCCCCGGAGCAACUCCUCAGCGCCUCCCGCCAACCCUCCCAGCGGCCUCAUGAACCCCAGCCUGCCAUUCACUUCCUCCCCAGACCCCACACCUUCCCAGAACCCCCUGUCACUGAUGAUGUCCCAGAUGUCCAAGUACGCCAUGCCCAGCUCCACCCCGCUCUACCACAAUGCCAUCAAGACCAUCGCCACCUCAGACGACGAGCUGCUGCCCGACCGGCCCCUGCUCCCCCCGCCACCACCACCGCAGGGCUCUGGGCCAGGGAUCAGCAAUAACCAGCCCACCCAGAUGCACCUGAACUCAGCUGCUGCCCAGAGCCCCAUGGGCAUGAACCUGCCAGGCCAGCAGCCCCUGUCCCAUGACCCCCCACCUACCAUGUUGCCCUCCCCCACCCCUCUGGGCUCCAACAUUCCACUGCACCCCAACGCACAGGGGACAGGAGGGCCCCCUCAGAACUCGAUGAUGAUGGCUCCAGGGGGCCCAGACUCCCUGAAUGCCCCCUGCGGCCCUGUGCCCAACUCCUCCCAGAUGCUGCCCUUUCCCCCUCGGCUGCAGCAGCCCCACGGUGCCAUGGCCCCUAGUGGGGGUGGGGGCGGGGGCGGGGGACCCGGCCUGCAGCAGCACUACCCUUCAGGCAUGGCCCUGCCCCCAGAGGACCUGCCCAGCCAGCCGCCAGGCCCCCUGCCGCCCCAGCAGCACCUGAUGGGCAAAAGCAUGGCCGGCCGCAUGGGUGACGCGUACCCCCCGGGCGUGCUCCCCGGGGUGGCGUCAGUGCUGAACGACCCUGAGCUGAGCGAGGUGAUCCGGCCCACCCCGACGGGGAUCCCCGAGUUCGACUUGUCCAGGAUCAUCCCCUCGGAGAAGCCAAGCAGCACCCUCCAGUACUUCCCCAAGAGCGAGAACCAGCCCCCCAAGGCCCAGCCCCCCAAUCUGCAUCUCAUGAACCUGCAGAACAUGAUGGCGGAGCAGACCCCCUCCCGGCCCCCCAACCUCCCGGGCCAGCAGGGCGUCCAGCGGGGGCUCAACAUGUCCAUGUGCCACCCCGGACAGAUGUCCUUGCUGGGCAGGACAGGUGUGCCCUCACAGCAGGGCAUGGUGCCCCAUGGCCUGCACCAGGGGGUCAUGGCCCCUCCACAAGGCCUCAUGACCCAGCAGAAUUUCAUGCUGAUGAAGCAGCGGGGCGUGGGCGGUGAGGUCUACAGCCAGCCCCCCCACAUGCUCCCCCCGCAGGGCUCUCUCAUGGGCCCCCCGCCCCAGCAGAACCUCAUGGUGUCCCACCCGCUGCGGCAGCGCAGUGUGUCUCUGGACAGCCAGAUGGGCUACCUCCCGGCGCCGGGCGGCAUGGCCAACCUGCCCUUCUAGCAGUCCCCGUGGGGGGCUGGAGCUGGGGCGAUACUGCAAAUAGGAUAACCUUAAGAAAGUUUCUUCCCCUUCGGUGUUGGGAUGGCCUGGGUCAAGGGGUGGGGUGGAGGGGGUGGGAGGGGGCUUGUGUGGGGAGUGGCAUUUGUGGAAACCAGAUGUGCUGGCAGCUUAGGGGGAAGUGGCAGAGUGGGGUGGGGGAUUUGGGAUGGGGGUUGGUCCCAUUUCGGCCGCCAGGACUGCCCCUCCCCCUCGCCCCCCCCCCCACUCCAGUCCUACGGAGCCUCGAUUUUCCCUCUUUCUCUGCGUCCACCCUCUUCAGCUUUGCUUUCAGAGCCCUGUAUCUAAUCCUUGGCAGGGAGCAGGAGAGGAGAGCUCUCCCUCCCUCUCCCUCCCCUUCCUGCUGCUGUCUCCUCCGGGAGCUUCACUUUCCUCCUCUUGGUUUCUCUGCCCACCCCCCCCACCCCCGUUUUUCCUUCUGUUUUCUCCUGCCUCAGUUCCUCUCCCUGAUGAUGUGGCUGACCCCCUCUCCCACCCCAACCUGCAGGCGGCUGGCCAGGUGGGCAGGCGCCAGCCGUAGCUGUAAAUAGAGCGCUGCGCUUUUGUGCCGGUUUGUGUGUGUGCUGUAUUUCUGUGUUUUGAUAGAAGUCACACAAAAAAAGGAUAAAAGAAACCCUUCCCCCCUUUUUCAAAUGAUUGCCCCUUCCAUUCCCCUGGACCCAGGGGCACGCAGUCUGACACACCUUCCCGCUGUGGCAGUGUCUCUGGGUCCAUAAAGGAUACCAUUCCGGUCCCCUCCCCCCAAUGGUGAAAUGACGUAGCUACACCCACACCUAAACUGAAGUCAGACCACCUAGGCUUCCACCUGGUGAGCCCCAGCAGGGCUGAGACCCCCCAGGGCGGCAGCCUGUCUGCUGCUGAGUGAUUCAGGAGAACGCGUGCACGUGCAUGUGUGUUUGCCCCACAGAGGUGACACGGGGCCCUGGCUUCCUAGCUGUGGAUGUCUGGUGUCCCCUGCUGCUACAUCUUAGCCAGAACUUGAAGUCCUUGGUCCCCAGUCUGGGAUGAAGGCAAGGAGGACGAGGCAGAGACUGUGUGGCCCCCUCGUGUGGAGCCGUGGAGGGGUGGCCCGGGGGGCCAGAUGGUCCUGUGCCCGCUCAGUGGCUCUGGGCCAGGUAGCCCCCAGGGCCAUGACUCUUCCAGAGGCUACCACCUACUUCCUUAUCACCAAAGGAGGAAAGGAAAAGGGUUUGGCCAAGUCCGUCUGUCUCCCUCCAGCCUCCACCCGCUGAGGAUGGAAUAGAGAAAGUGUUGGAUGCGGAGCAGGAGAGCGUCUUCCCGCUUCUCUCUGCUGUCCGAUCACUGGCAAGGUCCCUCUGCCCAGAGCUCAGGGCUCUGUGCCCACCCAGGCGCAGCCACUGCCUUCCCCUCAGCCCUCGGCUCUUUCCCAUACGAGCUCCCCACCCGCCUCUGGUCAGAGCUGAAGCCAUACACGAUUGGGUGUUUUGCCCCCCCUCAGCCCCAGGAGUAAAACACUUCUCCUUUUCUCACUUCCUUUCCUGCCUUGUGAGGUGGCAGGGCAGUUACCUGGCUGAGGCCUUUCCUACCGCACCUCCAGGGCCAAGGGCCAUUUCUAGACAAGGUGUCUUCUGCCGUGGCCCCGUCCCCAGCCUUCCUGACCUGAGGGCCUGGUCUCCCAUUGGCAGCUGUGAUACAAAGGGAAUUUGUCCCCAGUUCUCCCAGUCUGGUGCUGUCCUCAGUACCCCGUCAGCCAGGUCAAGUGCUUCCUCCGGGGCUGGCUGCGAGCUCCUGCCUCCCCCAGCCCCUCCCAGGGGCCAGGGCCUGGUCCCCCGUGUUCAGGGGCCACCUGCCCUCAAUCCCGCCAGACACGUUCCCACCCUGUCUCAACCCGGGCCUCGUGCCCUUGAGUCCCCCACCCAUGACCCAAGACUCCCCAAACCGACUCUUAAGUGUUUCCUGCGCAGAGGAGAGACGGGUCAGACUGAAAAGGGCCUGAUGCCCUCCCCCUCCCCCGCUCCUCCCACCUCUGCCAACAGACUAGCUUUCCAAGGUGAAUUCCACAGGCCAGCUACUUCCCUCCAUCCAUGGCCACACCCCCAGCCAUUUUGUACCAUUAUAUAAAUAUAUAUAUAAAUAUAAAUAUAUAAAUACAAUAUGUGAAGACAUCUUCUUGGUUUUUAUUUUGAAACAAUUUUUAGGCUUGUUCCGGGGGUCUCUGUGCUGCCUGUACUGUAUUGACCUGUUUUAUAGGUGCCUUUUUAUUAA